AUGAUGGUGGAGACCUAUAGGAACCUGCUGUCUGUGGCUUCGCUCAACGCCCCGCCCCCCGACGACCAGGCUCUGCUGAGUCCCCGCCCCCAGGCCGCUCCGCUCUUUCACUGCGAGUGCGCGCAGCGUCCCGCAAACCCGGAAGCGAAGCGCGGCAAGUGGAGGUCUCUCAGUUCAGCACUCGUGUUAGCUGAGGAAGAAGUCCAGAAGAGGAGGAAGGUGAAAGAAAACGUGUCAGGAAUGGCUCUUUCUAAGACACAGUUAACUGUCGAGGAUGUGGACGUCAAGUUCACUCCCGAGGAGUGGGAAUGCCUCGACCCUGCUCAGAGGGCCUUGUACCGGGACGUGAUGGAGGAGACCUAUAGGAACCUACUGUCUGUGGAUGUGUCUCGUAUAGAUAUGACCAUGAAAUUACAAGUAAAAGGAAACAGUGGAAAAGGAGAAAUUUUUCAAAGAGUGAUAUUUGGGAGAGCCAAAACUCAUGAAAUUAAAGAUUUUUUCCUCAGGAAGAUACAGGAAACUGUGGAUGGUUUUGAGAGUCUGUGGACAGAUAAUGAAAGAAGAGACAAUGGAAUAUCUAUAUCCCAUAACAAAAAUCUCACUGAUGGAAAAGAUCAUCAGAAUAGAAAUGAUGCAGGAGAAAAGCCUGUUGAAAAGCAUGGAUUAAACUUUCAUCAUGAAUUGCAGAUGCUUCAGUCUGAAGGGACAAUUUGUGAAUGUAGUCAGGUUGUGACGAGUAUCAACAGUAGUGUCUCAGUUUUGCCACCUCAGAGAAUUCAUAAUGUCUGCAAAGGCAUUUCUCAUAAAAAUGAGUGUGCUGUUACGCAUCCCUCAGAACAGGCCCUCGACCAGAAAGGACCCAAGAAAAAAUCUUACAAAAGUAAUGAGUGUGGCAUAACCUUUCUUCAGCACUCAGAACUCACUAGACAUCAAAGAAUCCAUACAGGAAGAAAACCAUAUAAAGCGGACGUGUGUUGCAAGGGGUUUAAUGAUAAUGUGAGCCUUGUAGUUCAUCAGAGACAUCAUACUGGAGAGAAACCGUAUAAAUGUGAUGUAUGUAGCCACAGCUUUAAACAGAACACAGCGCUUCAAAUUCAUCUGAGAGUUCAUGCUGGAGAGAGAACAUAUAACUGUGAUGUAUUUGGCCACUGCUUUAAGCACAAUGCACACCUUCAAAAUCAUGGGAGAACUCAUACUGGAGAGAAACCAUAUAAAUGUGAUGUGUGUGGAAAGGCCUUUACUCGCAAAGAAAGCUGGGCACUUCAUCUGAUCCUUCAUACUGGAGAGAAACUAUAUAAAUGUGAUAUAUGUGGCCGUGGCUAUACUCGAAGCAGACAACUUGCAAUUCAUCAGAAAGUUCAUACUGGAGAGAAGCCAUAUACAUGUGAUGUGUGUGGCCGUGGCUAUACUCGAAAGUCAGACCUUGGAAUUCAUCAGAGAGUUCAUACUGGAGAGAAGCCGUAUAAGUGUGAUCUCUGUGGACAGGCCUUUACUCGCAAAGAAAGCCACACAGUUCAUCAGAUCCUUCAUACUGGAGAGAAACCUUAUAAAUGUGAUGUAUGUGGCCGUGGCUAUACUCGAAGCAGACAACUUGCACAUCAUUGGAGACUUCAUACUGGAGAGAAACCAUAUAAAUGUGAUGCUUGUGGCCGUGGCUAUACUCAAAAAUCACAACUUGGAAUUCAUCGGAGAGUUCAUACUGGAGAGAAGCCAUAUAAGUGUGAUCUCUGUGGACAGGCCUUUACUCGCAAAGAAAGCCACACAGUUCAUCAGAUCCUCCAUACUGGAGAGAAACCAUAUAAAUGUGAUGUAUGUGGCCGUGGCUAUACUCGAAACAGACAACUUGCAGUUCACUGGAGACUUCAUACUGGAGAGAAACCAUAUAAAUGUGAUGUGUGCGGCNAGGAAAUAGGCUUGGACCUGAGGCCAGAAGUCACUCCCGUUAGAAACACUAUCCAGUACCACGGGAAGCAGGCCUGGGAAUUCGGGACCACAUCCAGCGCCUACGAGAUGCCGAGAUCCUAA